AUGCCUCCCAAAGCAAGCACCAGACGAACUGCCGCAAAACCAGAAGACACAGACUCUACACAAAAUGCACCGACUCAAAGUGCCGCCCCAGGUGCUUCUGGCCGACCAUCAGUACAAAGACUACAGUCACUGAAGAAACGUGCCCCAGCAGGCGGCAGCAUCACACCAGCAACACGCUCACCCUCAGUACUGAGCGGCGAUAAUGCCCCAAAGCCAAUGAAAUUCCGACCAAAGGCCGUCCAGCGAAGGAGCAAGGAGGAGCGUGAAGCUAUGGAGAAAAUUGAACAAGAAAGGCUCAAUGAUCGUUUGAGAGAUGCGGCUGCUAUCCAGCGUGGCCGUGGGAAUCGCGGGGGCAGAAGCUCAUUCCGUGGCCGUGGUGGUGCUACUGGUGGUCUUGGGGGAGCAUUUAGAGGUCGAGGUGGUGGUCCAGCACGUGGCCGUGCACGAUAUGGAAUUACUGGAGCAUCUCGGGAUCGGGAAGAUGAUUCCUCGGAUGAUGAUUUGCGGAUGAGCAUUGACCAGAUCAACAUUGAGAGCGAUGAGGAUGAUGACCUGGAAGAAGGGAAAGGCAAGAUGCCGGCUCGAGGACGCCGUGAGAAGGGAUUGCGUCCUGUCCGUGUUACGCGACACGAGCACGAGGAUCGGGUGGUUGCCGUCAACAUGGAGUCAAGUUCCAGCAAGUCGGCAGAGAUUCGAGAGCAGGCUCAGAAGGAGGCUGCUGAGAUUGUGGACGACAAUCCCUCGCCUCCAGAGGUUGGUAAUGACGAAACCCGUGUGAAGGACGAACCUACAGACGACGGUGAUACACCUAUGGCAGACUUGCCUCCUGCUGAGGAUGAUGGAUUGUUGCCCACACAGAAGUACCGUGUGCGCCGUAAGACAUCAGAUCCCAAGUCAGCAGACCCUAAGCCGGAGAAGGCCAAGGCAAUCGCUCCACCGAAACCUAAACGAGAUCCGCGGGAGCUUCUGCGCACUAAGGAGGAGAUUGAUGAAUACGACCGCCACCUGGAUGAUUUGGAGCAUAUUCGAGAACUCCUGACCCACCAGGAACCAGAGGAAGAACCAGAACCAGAACUAAAACCAGCGGAGCCGCAGACCGUGCCAGAGACAACCCCGACUGAAGACCCAGCAACAGACGAUCCAGAGCCACCAAUUGAGAAGUUAGCCAAUCAACACCUUCUCGGACAUCUCUUCCUCAUGCAAUUUCCGCCUAUGACACCCAACCUCUCUAUCCCCGGAGCGGAAACAGCGGUCGAAGAGACGAAUCAACCCGAGCCCCAGGCACAGCCGCAAGUAAAAUCCGAGACCGAAGGCGACGAUGUUCAGAUCACAGGCGAAACUGGAUUGGAUGCAAAGGGAAGAUCCAAACUUAUCACCGCUGCUACAAAUUGGUCCCUACCAGCCGGCCGGGUAGGCAAGUUGAAUGUGCAUAAAUCUGGGCGCGUGACAAUGGAUUGGGGCGGCAUCAGCUUCGAGCUUGAUCGUGCUGCGGCGGUGGAUUUCGUGCAGGAGGCGCUGAUUGUCUCUUCGCCUGAGGUCGAUGAGUCAGGACAACCGCCAAAGGAAGAACGACAACAAGCUUGGUCUAUGGGUCAACUUUCGGGCAAAUUUACGGUCAUGCCGGACUGGGAUGCGAUGCUGUGA